ACGUCUUUAAUGUCGUCACAACAUUGAUCGGAACAAUCAAUAUGAUUCGAGGAAUGUGAAACGACGUCGUUGCCAUCGUACAAGACAAAAAGCGAGACUGCUGAGACAAACGAUAUAUCAGAGAUUCAUGUCAGUUAGAUACCUCUAUCUUCGACUAGGCAGCUGCUCCUUGAAACGAGAAGACAACAGCGAGAAAGCGAAUGCUAAUAUAUAUUAUAUAAUGGCUUCCCUGAGUUUCACUUCCUCGUCUUUCCGGCCACCGGAGUUAUCAUUUGGCAACGGAAAUUACGGGAACACCGUCAAGGUCCACCGCCGAAAGAAAUCCAUCUCAGUCCCGUUAGCUGCAAAUUCGCCAGAAGAAUCAUUGUCGGUUCCACCCGGAAAGCCUGAAAUCGAGCUCGAUUUCAUAGGGCCGAAGUCUGGGAACGACGGGUCGUAUCCGGUGGAGAAAGCCAAAGCUAUCAGUGGAGAGAAGCUGCUGAGGAACAUCAUGUUGGAUAACAAAAUCGAACUUUACGCCACGUAUAUUAUUGAUGGAAAGGAUCUUUUAAAUGAAAGAACAAAUACAGAGCUCCGGUAUCUGAAGAAGAAACCUGAAUCUUGGAGGCUUGCUUGUCAAACUAUUGUGGGAAAUAAGGAAAAUUCUGGCAAGGUAGUGGUUCAGAGGAUACCCCAGUGGAAGAAGUAAUUAAGAGCCGAGCCCCACUGCUAUUUUUGAAUGAAGCCAAUUAUUUAUUGCAGAAGCGGAUGCAUUAUUAAGUUAAAAAUAUGCAAAACACCCAAGACUGGUAGGUAAAAUAUUUAAAAUUCUUGGCUUGGCAUGCAGAUUUGUGCAGAUGUAACCAGUAUCUAUGUAUGCUGCUUUUUCUUAAAAGUAGGAAGUUUUUUGUGCUUUUCACUAUUCCAUCUGUUGUCCAAUAGAUGAUAAAUAAGGGAAUAAAUGAUUUUUCACCA